AUGAUUUCUGAUGCCAAAGAGCUGUCAGAGAAGGGUGUGAGAAUCUGGGAUGCUAACGGCUCCAGGGAGUUUCUGGAUAAGAACGGCUUCAGCGAUCGAGAGGAAGGAGAUCUGGGUCCCGUGUAUGGCUUUCAGUGUAGGCACUUUGGAGCUGAAUACAAAGACAUGCACACUGAUUACUCUGGGCAAGGUGUUGACCAGUUACAGAAAGUGAUUGACACCAUCACGUCGAACCCAGAAGACCGGAGGAUCAUCAUGUGCUCGUGGAACCCCAAAGGUCUCAGUCAAGUUCAUAACCCUCCAGCAGUGUUACUUUAG